AUGAAAGGGCCUAGACUAUGGAAGGGCACAGCUGACAAGGAGGAGAAGGAGGCCCCGCAUUUGCAUUUGGCAGAGUUCAGUCCUGGCAGCGCCACGCUCAGCCCCUCUGAACCGCAGCCACUUCAUAUGCUCAGUGGCACGGGAUGCCACCAGCGCCACAUCCAGCCUUGUAUUUAUUUAACUCCGUGUGACGGGCCCUGUGCUAAGCACGGGGCGUUCGCGGUGAACGAUGCGUGGGACCUGCGCGUGGGAGAGCGGCCGGCUACUGGGAUCGCGGGGCGGGCGGGGUGGAGUGGGGGCGGCCGAUCAGGGACCGCCCGGGCGCCCCUCCAUCUUUGCCAGAAGAGGAAGAGAGGACGGCUUUGUCGCGGCCGCUCCCCACGGGAGACAUUCCUCGCCCGGCCCCUCGGCUUCCAGGGCACGCUCCACGUGGAGGGCCCCAGCUCGCGCGGGCCUGGAGAGCGCUCGGUUUCUAAGAAAAGCGCCUCCCCUGCGCCCGCCGGCCCCCCGCCCCUCAGCAGCCUCCCGCUCGGCCGCUCGGGGGCCGGAUCAAUGCGGCGGAGCGCUCGGGGCCGGGCCUGCGUGCCCUGA